UUCUUAACCAAAUUGAAAGGCAAUUUCGGGUCCGGCGGUACAAUACAUACUCUGACUCGUACCGUUGGUGUGAAGACUGUCCUGCAGGCUUACCUCUCAACACCCUUCUCACUCGAAGCCUUUGUUACUCCACUACUCCGCCGGGUGCCUAUUGCUCGAUCGCCGGCGACAGGAUGAGCUCAAGAAAAGGCAUUGUGUAUCCUUCAAAUGGUGGUACUUCUGAUCCAUCAUUCAAGGGGAAAAGCACAUCAGAUGUCUCUAACCCUGGUAUUGAUCAAUUAUCACAUGGUGUCUCAGAUAUGAAUGUGAAUUCUGCACAAGAUGAUGGAUGGGAAGUAUAUGGAAAGAAGUCCAGAAAUAGGACAGGUAGCAACUCUUCAAAACAAUGGGGUCCUCAGCAUUCCAGCUCUAAGGCAUGGGGUCAUUCUGAUACUGUGCAGAGACUAGGAAUGCGAAAUCAUGGUGGAUUGGGGAGGGGAUCUGGUCAGACCUGGCCCACACUAUCUUCUGAUUCUAGAAAACAUGCUGGCAGAGGGUAUACUAAACCCCCAUCAUCUGAUCGAAGCCUUGACCCUGACUAUGCAGCUGCACCUCCAGUAAUUCCCCCUCCUCUAAAGAAUGGAUGGGGAUGGUCUACCAGGGUCUCUUCAACUCAGUCGUCAGGAGAUAGCAUUGGCCAUAGCCAAAAUGCCCAGAGAGUUCACCCUGCUGAUGAUGCUUCUAAGGGUGAUGAUGUUGACGAGGAGUCAGACGUUGAUGACACUGAUGAUGAGCUUAUGAAUGAUGAUUUUGAUUCAGAUGAAAGCCAGAAAAGCCAUGAGACGCGGAAGAAGAACAGAUGGUUUAAGGAACUUUUUCAGUGUCUAGAUGGUUUGACAGUUGAGCAGAUAAAUGAGCCUGAAAGACAGUGGCAUUGCCCAGCAUGCAAAGGAGGUCCGGGAGCAAUUGAUUGGUACCGGGGCUUGCAGCCCCUUAUCGCACAUGCAAGGACUAAAAGAUCGAAAAGGGUGAAGCUCCACAGAGAGCUUGCUGAACUUUUAGAUGAGGAACUUCGAAGGAGGGGAACGUCAGCAGUGCCUGCUGGUGAAAUAUUUGGCAAAUGGAAAGGUCUGGAAAAAAGAGCUGAUAAAGAAAUAGUGUGGCCACCUAUGGUUGUAAUUAUGAAUACCAAGCAUGAGAAAGAUGAAAAUGACAAAUGGAUUGGGAUGGGAAAUCAAGAGCUUCUCGACUAUUUUAAUGCAUAUUCUGCAGUCAAGGCCCGACAUUCAUAUGGACCACAGGGGCACCGAGGCAUGAGUGUCUUGAUAUUUGAGGCUUCCGCAGUGGGAUAUGCAGAGGCUGAACGUCUGAGCAAGCACUUUGAAGACACUUGUAGAGAUAGGCUUGCUUGGGAAAGAAAUAGGGUGCUAUUCUACCCAGGAGGAAAGCGCCAACUCUAUGGAUACAUGGCAGAGAAACAAGAUAUGGACAACUUUAACCAGCAUUCUCAAGGUAAAUCAAAACUGAAGUAUGAGAUGCGGUCAUAUCAAGAAAUGGUUGUGAACCAAAUGAAGCAGAUGAGCGAGGAUAAUCAACAGCUCAUAUGGUUCAAGAACAAAGUUGCAGAAGAACAGACGAGCAAGAAAGCUCUUGAAGAGUCUUAUGGAAUUGUGACUGAGAAGCUGCGGAAAACUAUGGAAGAGAACCGGAUAGUGAAGCUCAGGACCAAAAAACAUCAUGAACAAAACAAAGAAGAGAUGGAUUACCAAGAAGAGUUUUUCAGAGACCGGAUCCAACAGUUGUAUGAUGCCAGAAAUGCGAAGGAGGAGAAGUUCGAGAAAGUCCAGCAGUAUGAACGUGAAAAAGUAACAAUUCAGUCCGAGGUAAAUGUGUCUUCAGCGGAGGAGCGUCUACGCAGGGCGGAAGAGGCAGCCAGAUUCAUUCAGUUGCAGGACAAAGAAAUGGAGGAAUUUGUUAAUAAGAGGGACAAGCUUAUGAAGGCACAUGAAGACCGGAUGUUGGAUCUGAAGCGCAGGCACUGGGAUGAAAAGAUGGCUCUUGAAAAGGAAUUUGACGAGGAGUUCAACAAGCUUAUGGAAGAAUACACUCCUGGUGGAUCAAAGCAAGAUUACAACAAAAACUAGGAACUGACGGAACUUUAGUAACAUGAGACAGUAACGAAUUUCAUCUUUAGCCUUUCAUGUGCAUUUAGAAUAUAAUAUAGAAUGUCGAACAUUCUGAGCAUGGGAACUUUAUGAUUUCAACUGAAGAAUUUUUGCUACUGCUACAAUCAGAUGUUGGCUCUUGCCACCACUAUUUAUUUUGGACUUGUAUGUUUGAAUGCUGCUUUAUGCUCGACCGAUGGUAUGUUAUAGGAUAAGCCUGUAAUGUGUGGGGUCAUACCAACCAAAUAAUUAUUAUUGGGAUUGUCUGCAGAA